AUGGCUUCAACGGAGCCGGUGCACCCGUUGCGCCUAUCCAGAGAGACUCUCACCUCUUCACCAAGCAAAGGGUCGAAUGCGAUCCCGCGCCCGUUGUCGGAAUUGUCAUCAACUGAAAAGAGACGAAACUCGCCGAGCUGGAACCAGUCCACCAAGAAAAUGAAUCUGAAUACCGAUUCAUCGCCAUUCCAGUCGUCGCCAAUGGACGGCACAACUUCCCCCCGUCUCUUCUGGCAGAACCGAGGCAUGAAUAAUUCCGAGAAUACCCCCUUCGGCGCAAGAUCUGGGUCCCCGUCUCCCACGCGACGGUCCUCCAUUGAGCGCCUGCAGAGGGCGUCCCGCGUCAAGAAUAGCAACAUCCUGGCUCUCGAGCAGAAGCAGGAGUACGACCCCACCAGGCUACCGCACAUUGAACGACCCCUUAGUAAGGUUCAGGGCAAUGCAUUCGGUGGAACUGGAAUCAAGGGUCUACGAUCGGAAGGCCGGGGCGUUGGCCACCAACGGAGCGAGAGCAAAACCAACAUUCCUCUCUACAGUCCCACCAAGAUGAAUAUUCCAGAUUACACUAGCUCCACCAACGCGCCUCGGACUCCAAGCAAAGACCAAGCCUCUCCCAUCAAGUCCUCUCUCUCGACGGCGCGUUUCAAGACAAGUUUUGACCCCGAGACGGGGGCCUGGUCCGCCGACACAUCGUGCGACGAGCGAGAGCUCCCAGUCGGCAAGACGCUGCAUCGGCACGCAAAGAGUGUCACCUUCGACGCUGCACCUCCUCAGGUGAACGAGUAUGAAAUGGCUACUCCGGAUCUUUCCUCGGUAGGAUCCAAUUCUCGCGAAGGCAGCUAUGAGUCCGAGGAAGGGGAUGAAGAGGAUGAGGACCACUACGAGCUUCACGAUCAUACUGGUCACGAUGACAGCUUCGACGCGUCGCUGGAGGACACGGAUAAGACUCCGGUUGUCGGCCCCGAUGAUUGGAGGCAGAGCAGCCACGAUGAUCCGUACGAGCACAGUCCCAUGCCUGACGAAGCCCCGACACCCAACCGGCCGCAGCAUAACCGCACCGACUCGACAAAUUCGAACGGGGACCACCGCCCACUGCCUCCGUUGCCGGGUGCUGGCCAACUGACGCGGAGCCAUUCCACUUCCUCGACUGGCUUGUCUGCAACAGCAGAGCGCAUGCUUGGAGCCCAUCGGACCUUGCCCUCUCCCCCGCCAGCCUCAUCUACCAAGUCAGAGAUCCAGAAUAUUGGCAAUGGGAAGAUGACGUUGGAAGAGAGGCUGAAGCUCAUGAUGCUCUCUGACGACGGCAAGACCGCGGCGGAGCAGCAGCGCGAGCGGCGCAUGAGACGCGCCGGGACCCGAGAGCGCGUCGGCAGCCAGACGCCGGAACGCGAAGUUCAGAGUCAGACCGCUGAAGAGGAAGAAGAGGGCGACGAUACCAUUGGCGAUCUUUCCGUGCUCGAGGACUAUCAACUCCCUUCGCGCAUCUCGCGCGAAUCGAUUCUCCGCCGAGUCAAUGGCAACAAGGCCUUCGAGCGGGAAUCAGACUACAACUUCUCAUCUCCUGCGCCUAGCUCGUCUCCGGAGCGCCCCAUCUCUUAUGAUCCCGACGUACCCAUCCCAAGCACUGAGGACUCUAUGCUUGAAGAUGAAGAAGAUAAUGGGAGUGUCAUUGUCACGCCUCAGGACGACGACGACGACGAUGACGAUGACAGAGAAGUUGACGUUUAUUCGAUUCCGGAUCUAUACCAACGCUCUGAAUCUCAGCUCUCCGACAACGAGAAUGACGAGGUAAACCAGGUGGAAGAUGAUGCUGAAAGCCAUUACUCGGACAACGACCUCCCCAAGCCCAGAGCCGAGAGUGUGGAAGAAGACUCGCUCCCAACUCCUCGUGCAACGACCCCUGUCGCAGAAGAACCAUCCGCAUCCAGCAGCAAGGAAACCGGCAUCAGCGGCGCCCUCCAACUCCCGAGCGGCAAUGACGAAUCAGGAUUUGCGUCGAGCCUCGAGUCUUACAUGCUUCCCAAGCCAAAGGAACAGGAGGCUACGAAGGAGCCGGAAGGCCGGACGAUGGCUGAAGCCCAUGCUUACCUCCAGCGGCCCUAUACUCCCCUAUCCAAGCCGGAAUACGACGGCUCUGGCUGGGGGGAGCCUGAGGAUGAGUACCAAGAGGAGCCCGGGACCCCCGACUCGGUUAUCCACCAUCCGAUGGACGAUUAUGAGGAGGAGGAGGAGCAGGAGGAGGCACGCGACUCUCCGGUCAUCCCCGAGCGAGUUGCCACAAUCAAGUCUGCGUCCGGUUCUAAGCUCAAGACUCGCCCAUCCGCUACCCCAUCGGAUAUCAUGUCGAUGCGUGAGGCUCGCCGUCAGGUUAGCCGUGAGGUUCCCAACGUGCCUCCCAUCCCUGAGCGCCACCGCAACAGGAUGUCCCGAGACUUGGAUGAGCUGUCCACUAGUGAUGACUUCCUCGAGCGUCACCCUAGCUUCAAGAAGCGCAGUCUCACGUUGGAUCUUGACCUCGGCCUCAGCCUUGAUCGGGACUUUGAUAGGGUUAUUGAGGCACAAAAGGUUGGUUUCCAACGACUUACUCUUCAGCCCCAGACAGACGUUACGCUUCCAUCCCCCACUAUGCAAGAGUCUAGACAGGAGGGAUUGGCUACUCCAGCCACAGAGGCACUUGAUGCUGACAUGAUAUCACGCAAACAGCGCGGUUACCUUAUGCGCCAGAACACCAAGCUUGUGGCCGCCAGCGACAAGGACGGCGACGACUUCCGCGGUUACCGAUCGGCCGGAAACUCCCCUGUCAAGGCGACGCGCCCUCAGUCGUGGACAGUUGAGCCCUGGAACGGCCAGGUCAGGCAGAGCUUGAGAAAGAGGCCCGGCAUGCCUGGCCCGGUUCCUCCACUUCCAGGACAAGAGAGUAACGCUGCACCUUUCAACCCACUGACUGAAGAAGCUUCCGGCGCCGAGGUUGCCACCGAAGAUAGUGGGGAGAGGGGAAGGUUGUUCGUCAAGGUGAUGGGGGUGAAGGAUCUCGACUUGCCUAUGCCUAAGAAUGAACGGACAUGGUUUAGCCUGACCCUCGACAAUGGAGUCCACUGCGUGACCACCGCUUGGCUGGAGCUUGCCAGGAACGCCCCAGUUGGGCAAGAGUUCGAACUCGUCGUGCCCAACGACCUCGAGUUUCAGUUGACUCUCAACGUCAAGCUUGAGAAACCGGCACCGAAGAAGGUGCUCCAGUCUCCCACCAAGGCCAGCAAACCCAAGAGCGUCUCGACCUUUAGCCGGGUGUUCGCGUCGCCUAGGAAACGCAAGGAGAUGGACCUCCGUCAGAGGGAGGAGGAAGAGCGCCUAGCCCAGCAGCAACGCGAGGCGCACGCUAGGCAGAUGAACGCCCAGCCUACCGCAUGGGACCUGCUCUCUCCACUGGUAGCCGAAGAUGGUAGCUUUGCACGGGCUUACGUCUGCCUAAAGGAGCACGAGACGCGAUGCUUUGGCCGCCCAUACUUGGCCGAGGUAGCUGCAUUCAACGAAUGGGCCACUGAGGAGGCCAGUUUCGCGUCGAGCAUCAUGAGCAAGCGCGGUAGUACCGCCGUCGUUCGACGAGCACCGUACAAGAUCGGCAAGCUGGAGCUUCAGCUGCUCUUCGUGCCCCGGCCCAAGGGUGCAACUGAUGAUGACAUGCCCAAGAGCAUGAACUCGUGUAUUAGAGAGAUGAAGGCUGCUGAGGAGCGCCUCGCAAGAAAUUGGGAGGGCCAUCUAAGCCAACAAGGAGGAGACUGCCCCUACUGGCGCCGUCGCUACUUCAAGCUCAUUGGCACGAAGCUCACGGCCUACCACGAGGCCACCCGGCAACCCCGCGCCACCAUCAAUCUCGGCAACGCCAAGAGAUUGAUUGACGAUCGUCAGGCCCUCACGGAGAAGGAGACGACGGGCAAGAGCGGAAAGCGCCGGCGGUCAGCCUUCGCCGAGGAAGAAGAGGGCUACAUGUUCGUCGAGGAGGGCUUCCGCAUCCGUUUCAACAACGGCGAGGUUAUCGACUUCUACGCGGACAGCACCAAGGACAAGGAAGGCUGGAUGAGGGUCCUCUCCGAGGUCAUCGGCCGCGACAGCAUCGGGCCCGACGACGACGACGUCUCGGGCGGAUCCUCCAAGGCCAAGGGCAAGUGGUGCGAGGUCGUCCUUAAGCGAGAAGACACGCUCCGCCGCCGGGCCGAGGGAAAACGGGUCCACUCCCGGACCAAGAGCAUGCACAUCUGA